AUGGAUGUCAUCGGCACAAUAACAGGGGUAAUCGACCUUUUCGUCGUCGCGCACCAAAUCCAGGGCCUCUGCGACAAGUACAAAAAUGCGCCCAAGACAGUACGGGACAUCAUCGACGAGUGCGAAUGGACCAAGGCGCUUUGCAUCGGUCUGAAGGACCAGUUAUCGCGGACGCCGGAUGCUUUGGAACACGGGGGAAGGACGAGGCCCAGCCUGGGCGCCCAGCAGAAACCUGGUCACACUCUGCUAUGGUGUUUUGGCAAGAGCAUGCAGGGCAUUCGCGAGACGCUCGAAGACCUGGAGAAGGAGGCCGCUAAGCUACGGAGCAAGAAGAACUCGCUCAUGGGCAAGUGGGACAAGGCCAAGUUCUUGUGGAAAGAGGACUAUUUCAAAGAUGCCGUGCAGAACGUCAAGGACCAAAGGGACAUGGUCGCCAUUGUCAUGUCGGGAAUCCAACUGCACAGCACUAACACGCUGAACGAAGAGUUGCGAAGGUUGAUCGGACUAAUUGAGGCCGGUCAGAAGCCAGCCUCAGAGUCGACGCCUCGAGUUGAUCGACUACAACCGCCAGGUCAGGGGCUCAAAAAGAGCAAAUCGGACACGCAGAUCAAGAAGUCGGGGACAAGACUUGCCGAGGACCUUUACACAGCUGUUCGGGGCGGCCGGCUUGUCGACCUGGAGCCCAUCCUGUCUCAGGGCGUCUCGAUCAACCUGGCUCUCGGAGAUGGCGGGGACCGAGCCGUGCACAUCGCCGCUCGCGAGGGAUUCCUGCCCAUAUUGGAUCGUCUUCUGGCCUACGGCGCCGACGUCAACGUCCAGAACGUGUCGCAAGAAACUCCGCUGCACCAAGCGCUGCGGAGGGGGCAAACGCCGACGUCGCUGGCGCUGCUUUCCAAUGGGGCAAGCUGGACUAUCUCGGACGACAAAGGGGUGACCGCGUUGCAUGUGGCAGCAAAGAAUUCUGCAUAUCUUAUCGUUCAGUAUUUGCUGGACAGGGGAGCCGACCCAAACGUACUGGACAAACAGGGCCAGGCGCCCCUGUUUAUGGCGUGCCAUCCCAUGGACAAGAAAGGCAAGAAGCCCAAGGUGGACUUGAAAGUCAUUCGCGCCCUGGUCGAACGAGGGGCUGACCCAACCAUCAUCGGCGCUGCAAAGUCGGGGAGUACUCCGGUCCACGAGCUCGCCAUGGGCGGAAACGCAAAAGAGCUCGAAAUUGUCGGCAAGGCAGCGAGGUCGGUCGAGUUGCCGUUAGAGGGAGACUGCGAGGGCGCCACGCCACUCCAUCUCGCCGUCAGAAACAACCAUCCGGACGCCGUCGACGUCCUGAUCAAGCUCGGGGCCAACGUCAACGCGCGGCAGACUUCGAAAGACGGCGCGGUGCCAACGGCUCUGUGGCAGGCCGGGUGGAACCGAAACCUAGACAUCGCGACCAAGCUCCUCGAAGCCGGCGCCGACCCUGACGCUCGGGGCAAAGACAAGUCCACCGUCCUACACCUGGCGGUGGCAAAGCGCUGGCCGGAAAUGGUCAAGCUUCUCGUCAAGCAUAAGGCCAGCUUGAAUGCUCAGACAUCGGACAGGAGAAGACCCCUUCACGCGGCGGUGUGGAUCAAGGACCUUGCCAUGGUCCGGCUCCUGCUCGAAAAGGGGGCCGCGGUAGACGGCAAGGGCGCCAGCAGCGCGACACCUCUUAUGGACGCCGCUCAGGCCGGCUCCUUACCAAUGAUCAGGCUCCUCAUGGAGCACGGGGCGGAUUGGUCCUACACGACGCCCCAGGGGACGGACGCGUUCAUCUGGGCAUGUGGCGGGGGCCAUGUAGGCUGCGCGAGCUUCUUGCUGGGUUGCGGACAAGACUUGCACAAGAGAGCGUCGGGCGAUUUCACCGCGCUGCACUACGCGGCACGAACCGGGGUGGUGGAUUGCGUCAAGUGGUUGCUGGAGCUUGGGGUGGAUAAGUCGAUCAGGUCGACCAAGGCGAGAGUGCCGUUCAAGGUUAUGGGGACAGCGGCGGAUGUUGCUAGGGCACAUGGAACCGCCGAGGUUGCUGAGUUGAUUGAAAAGUACGAGACAGUUGCGGGGUACUAG